UAAAUAAAUGUCGAAUAGCAAUAUCGCGUGCAUUUGAAUAUUGGUAAUUUGAGUGCGAAUAAAUAAAUCAUCUGUGAUUGUAAAACGACCAAAAAUCGGUUUAAUAGCAAAAAACACACACUUAUAAAAAUAUACAAACAUAUUUGGCAGCGUUAACUCGAGCUUGUUGAAGUACAUAUUAUGCGCGAGAAUUGCACGGUUCCGAAUGUUUUUCGUGUUGCAUCCACCCAAAAUGUGAGCGGCGAUGAGCAAAAGCAAGAACAGUUAUUAAUUAAUUCCUUAACUUCGCCAAAAAACACAAAUGCGAACAGCGCCAUUGGCGAUUUAAAGGAUCAGCCGCAGCCAACUUUUCCAAAAGACAACAACGGUAAUAACAUAAGCACUACACAAAACACCACAACAAAUCACACAAUGCAAGCUUGCAACAUUGCGCGAUCCUCCUUGUUGCACAAUCACACGCCGCAGCUGCACAAACUCACCGCAACGGCGUCAAUCGAACGAGCAAAUUUCGGUGGCAGCGUCACGCAGACUGGACGUAGAGAACAAUUUCAACAACAACAACAACAACUGCAACAACAAAAAGCACAGCAAUCGGUUUAUGGCACACUGCCGCGCUCAAUGCCAGUGGCAGCCAGCGUGCAACAACACAACGGCAACACAAGUCGAAUGAAUGUAAACGGUAUUGCCACAUCCGGCGUCAUUAACACAAUUUCGGGCAGUCUCACUUCGGCAGCGUCGGCGGCGGCGGCGGCGGCGGUGGCGGCUCGGGCCGACCGCAAUGCCAACCAGAGCAACUCAUCGAUAACAAGUGAUUUGAAUGGCGGCUACACUAGUGCGCAUUCGAAUUCGCAUAAAUUAAAUGGCAUUCAACCGCAGGCGAUGAAUCGAUCUCGAGAAUUCAUCGUAACGAGGCCAAGCGGCCGCAUGAGUCAAUAUCAGCAGCAGCGUAUGCGCCAGUAUGGAAAUGGAAACAGCUUGCAACGUUACGGCAACGGUGGCUAUUUGUGGAUAUUGACACCUGUUGCUGCAAGCAUUUCCGUUGCCAUCGUUAUGGCUGCAAUUGCUGGUCCGCAGUGGCUUUUCACCGAGGAAAAACUGCCAAAUGCCAAUUACAAUGGCACAGCUAAUUUCAAUAUGAUGGACGAUGGCGCUUACAUUACAAAAUACACGAAAUCUAGUCUGUGGAUAUUAUGCACCGCUUUACAAGGAGUCGAGACAUACAAUUGCAUAAAAAUUGACUACUUCCCCAAGGAAGGCUACCAGCCAGAUCCGCACGAUUCAACUCCUGCAAUACCAUACACCGUCACGAAGUCAUGUCCUCUUUUCCUGGCAUCUGGUAUUUUUCUUCUAAUCAGCUUUAUCGUCUUCCUCGUGCCAACAUGUUCACAUCAGAAUAAUUUAUAUUACUUCAGUGCAGGAAUAAUGUUUAUUGUAUCAGGUUUAUUGAUGCUUAUCGGAUUAAUUGCAUAUAUUUCCAUCUUAAAAGCCGAGAUUGGUUCGAAAUUGAGAUCGAGAUCUACUUUGCAGCCGCCACUUUUCAAGGUCACCUAUGGACAAAGUUUCUUUUUGUUCGUAAUCGGAUUCAUAACAACUGAAUUUGUGGGACUUUUGAAUAUUUUCCUCUAUAUAAGUCUGCAUGAAAUUGGUUACUACAAUCGCCUGCCCUGUUUCAAUAUCACGAAUCUGCAGGAAAAACUGAAAGAGAGCGAACUUCCCCACAGUCACACCUACAAAAGUUACAAGCAUUCUUCAUCGUCGGCAACAGUCGCGCCCAUUGUGCGCAAACCACAACAGGGCCCCCGGCUAAGCAGCAAUAACCUCCAUCAAGUGCACAAUGUGUGUCUGGCGUCACCCGCAGCCGAAAGGGAAUUGGAUAGCAAAAAACUGCUGCAGCACAUGCCGGGCUUUGUGCCAUGCCGCAAACAUCCGAAUGCAGCAGAGGCAUUUGUUAGCAAUGAAUCGGAGCGCAGGUAUUAUUUCGAAAAGUCGCAUCAACCAAAAUGCAAUUUGCAUUCGAAGAACUUUGCCAAGUCGCUUAAUGAACUCUACACCGACUCUGACUCCGGUUUACCGCCGCCGCCUCCUUCUGCUGUUAAAAUGGGCGGCACCUCACAAACAUUGCCUCGCAUGCCGCAGCAGCUCACCCAAUUUGGCGACUUCACACGCGACUAUCCACUCACCCGCAGUGUCUCGACUACCACAGAUAUUUAUCCCGGCAACAACGCCAGACAUACAACACCGCACAUUGAGCGCAAAAGCCGUCGCAACAUGGCGACAAACACACGACCUCUUGACCCAGCGACACUAAGCGAAAGUGAACGCGACGGCGGUGAAAGCGAGAAUGAAAGAAAUCAGCGACGGCGGCGCCAAUUGGCCGACAGCCAGUCGGACAGUAAUUACGAUGAUGAUGAGCCACAGCGACUGUGUGGUUUGAAGCGUGGCAUACGUAAGACAAAGGAUGAACUUUUUCAGGAGUUUUGCAAGCGCGCUGGAAUGCGUCCAAAACCGAAAAACAUUUACUUCAUUGCCAGUGAAGAAGAUGCCAUGACGACAUCUGACAAUGAGACGCAACGACGUCGUCUCUACAAAGCCACAAAUCGUUUUGAAAGCGGCCAGCGGAAUGGUAAUGGGCGAGGAGAUUUUGCCAGAGAAAAUCGUGUAGCUGAUGAGCGAAAUAACAGAGCAGCGCAAGACGACGAUGAAGGGGAAGGCGGAUUUUCGCAAAUGCAAGAUGACGAAGAACACAUUUACGUUAUUCAAGAUAAUCCUGAACUUGUGGCUAACCCAACAUUUCGUAAUUUGCGCCGUUCCUCAAUGUUCGUCGAGCCGUCACAUCUACGCAAGCUGAACUAUAAUCUCUCACUGGCCACUUUAUACCCGCCCGAAAAGUUCUCGCAGAAAAGUUCCUUUGGCGUCGAACGCAGCGACUCUGCAAUCGAAAUCUGGCCUCCGCCGCCCAGCUUUAGCAACGGCGAAUCGUACUACGCUGCUGCCAAAAGUGCCUAUUGUGGUUCGCAAAACCGUCUGCACCAGAACUAUCAUCCGAACACCCAAGUAUACCAGAGCCGUACACUGCCGCGAUCGUUUCUAAAAAGUCAGACGAACUCGCAAAAUAGCAUCGGUUCGGGCUCGCUUCAUGCAAGCGCCUCUGCGCUGCAUAACAGCUACAGCAGCAGCCAUAACCGACUGAACAAUUUGAUGAUGCAGCAGCAACAACCAAAUCUUUACUUAUCUCAAGCACCAGCCGCGGCUAUUUACAACUCGGCUUUCGCUUUGCAAUCCAAAUCCAAUGAGGAUCUUAUCGCGGCCCAGCCCGGCAGCAACUAUGACGAGCGGCGACAACAACGGCCUCAGAGCUCAAUAAACCACAAUAUGAACAAUGAUAAUCGUCUACAACAAUCAACAGUGCACUGGCCCGCUGCCAUACCGUCCUCACCGUCCGGCUACACGCCCAACUUUCAUACAAUGCAGCAGUUAGGCGCGCCCGCUACGCGUCCACAUCCAAAAGCUCCGCAUCUCGCGCACACACUCUUGACGCGUUCAUUCAGCAGCAAUACCAGCGGCGGCGCAGACAGCGGCAUCGGCAGUGGUGGCGGCAGUAGCAGUGUGGUAAGUAUGCCACCAAAGUUUCAGCGCGGCUAUGCGUUCGAUGAGCAGCGACGGCCAAGUGGCAUGUUGGGCGAAAACUUUGACCCGGAGGAACUUGAACGCGAACGACGGCGCUCACAUGCCAGCAUCUACAGUGGCAUAUCGAUGCUGGGUGGCCCAACUGCCACCGGCGGCAUCAAUGCGAGCAGCGCUGACCACUACGACUUGAUUAAUGGAACUGCGGUGUGAGUAGCAAAUAGGAAGUGCACCACCGCUGGCCAGCUAUAAACGAAACUCUUUGUUGGAUUGCCUGCUGGCGUGCGGCAGCAAAGGCAUCAGUUGAGUAGUAUUUGCCGCGAGCGGAGCUUUGUAGAAACAGCGUAAAACGGAAAUUGAUGAUUGUCGAUUAGCAAUGGUUGUUACGUCCGCCCUACCCUACCACCCAAAAGGCCACGACGGCCGACACUUAGUGUAAUUAAAACAGUAACUUAGGAAACAAUAUUGCACUGCCAGUUUAGAAAGGAAUGGACCGUCGAAAUGUGUAGACAAUUGGCGCCAGAAAAUGUUUGCAUUCGGAAUUCCGGCUUAAAAUUAGUGGACUGUAGAAAAUUUAUGGUUAACAAAAUUUAGAGGUUAAGUUAAUGCACUGAUUUAAAGAAAUGUGUUGUAAUUUAUCUGUUGUGCACGAAAUCAAAAUAAAACUAUAU